AUGAAAAAAUCAUCCUCCUUACCAGCAAUUCUCAACAAAAACGUUCAAUUCAUUGACAAUCCAGUCUGCUGGGUAUUUUACACAUUGUUAUUCUUGUUCCUUAGAAUUUUUUUAAGUGGUCUUGGAUUUUCCAUUCCAAUGGCUUGGACACUUGUAUCAUGGGUACAUGGAAUAGUCACAAUUAUACUCUUCCACUGGAUUAAAGGCUCACCAUUUAUUGAUGAUCACGGUGCAUAUUCACAAUUAACCUUCUGGGAACAAAUUGAUGAUCAACUCCAAAACACCCGUGCUAGAAAGUUCUUAAUUAUCUUCCCAAUCAUUCUUUUCUUCCUCGCCGUUGACUCUGGUCACUGGGAAUUAGCUUACAUCUUCUUAAACUUCCCAAUUCUCUUCGUCUGCAUUCUUGCAAAGCUCCCAUUCAUGCAUGGAGUUAGAAUUUUCGGCAUCAAUGGCUAA